AUUAAAAAUGUCGCCAUUAAAGGACCUUGAAACCCUCUCUCUUCCGGCUCCAAUUCCCCAAUGGCCUCCCGGUCAAGGCUUUGGCUCCGGAACGAUCAAUCUCGGCCAAUUACAAGUCAUCAAAAUCACGGAUUUGGAAUUCAUAUGGCGAUACAGAUCCACAGAGAAGAAGAACACGUGCAUUUCGUUCUACAAACCAAAGGGACUGUUACCUAAAGAUUUCCAUUGCUUAGGUCACUACUGUCAAUCUGAUUCUCUUCCCUUAAGAGGUUAUGUUCUCGCGGCAAGAGAUUUAGUAGCUUCACUAGAACAGGAAAGAAAACCUGCAUUAGUGGAACCUGUUGCUUUCACACCGGUCUGGAGCUCGAAUGAUUCACAAGAAGAAUGCAGUAAAAGAGAAGGCGGUUACUUCUGGUUACCCCAGCCUCCUCAAGGCUAUAGAUCAAUCGGUUUUGUCGUUACAAAGAGUCCCGCGAAACCCGAGUUGAAUGAAGUUAGAUGUGUGCGAGCUGAUCUAACUGAAACAUGCGAAACUCAUGAAGUCAUUGUCACUGCUGUAUCAGAAACUUCAGGUGUUCCAUUGUUCAUAUGGAGAACUCGGAAUGUGGGGAAAAGGCGUCUCUGCAGAACUCGGCUUGCUGCUAGAGAAGAUGUCAGUAUUGCUUGUCUCAAAAACCUUGAUUCGGGUUUACACGCAAUGCCAAAUGCUGAUCAGAUUCAAGCUUUGGUCCGACACUAUGGUCCUACACUAAUGUUCCACCAUGGUGAAAUCUACUUACCAUCUUCCGUUUCGUGGUUCUUCAACAACGGCGCGGUUCUCUGCGAGAAGGGGAAUCCGAUUUCUGAACUUAUCCAUGAGAAUGGCUCGAACUUGCCGCAAGGAGGAAGCAACGACAAGCGGUUUUGGAUCGAUUUGCCGUGUGAUGAUCAGCAAAGAAGUUUCGUCAAGCGAGGAAACCUUGAAAGCUCGAAACUUUACAUUCACAUCAAGCCUGCUCUUGGAGGAACGUUCACGGAUCUCGUCUUCUGGAUCUUCUACCCUUUUAACGGACCAGCGACCUUAAAACUAGGAUUCGUCGAUGUCUCACUCAUCAGUAUCGGCCAACACGUCUGCGAUUGGGAACAUUUCACUCUCAGAAUCAGCAAUUUCUCCGGCGAACUUUACUCGAUACUGCGCGUAGCGAUCUCUUUGUGGAUUCGAGCUCGCGGUACGAGAUCGUUGCGGCGUAGUAUCUCGGCGGCGAAGUAUAUGAGGGAGUGGGGACCAAAGAUUGUGUACGAUUCGAGGGAGGAGAUUGAGAGGUUGGCGAAUCGAUUCCCGAGGACGGUUGGGGUCUCGAUUGCCACCGUGUUGAGAAAACUUCCGGUGGAAUUAACCGGCGAGGAAGGUCCAACGGGUCCGAAGGAGAAGAACAAU